AUGGCGACCCCGGCUGUAUCUCAUCUGGAGAAAGAGAAAGGAGGUAAUGGACGUCGACGUCGAGGGGAUUUUCUGCGUUCACACAAGUGUGGCGAGUGCGGCAAGGAGUUUCAUCGUCUGAGUGAUUUGAAGAUACACAUGCGGACUCACACUGGAGAGAGACCAUUUAGGUGCGAGGAGUGCGGCAGACAGUUUAGUGUGAUAAGUAACCUGAAGCAUCAUAUGCGGACUCACACUGGAGAGAAACCAUUUACGUGCGAGUAUUGCGUCGAACAGUUUAGUUUGAUGGGUAAUCUGAAGAGACAUAUGACAACCCACACUGGUGAGAGACCUUACAAGUGUGAUAAGUGUAGCAAACGGUUUAGUAACCAGGACCAUCUGAAGAGGCAUAUGAAGACGCAUACUGAUGACAAACCUUAUAAAUGUGAGAAGUGCGGCAGUCAGUUCAGUGAGCUGUAUAAUCUGAAGAGGCAUAUAAUGACACACACAGGUAAGAAACCUUACAAAUGUGAGGAGUGCGACGGACAAUUCAGUCAGCUUGAUCAUCUGAAGAUUUAUAUGCGUAUUCAUACCGGUGAGAAGCCAUAUAAGUGCGAAGAAUGCAGCAAACAGUUUAGUGCACUGAGUAGUCUGAAGAGGUACAUUCGAACUCAUACCGGUGAGAAACCCUAUACGUGCGAUGGAUGUAGUAAGAAGUUCCGUGUGCUGUAUAAUCUCAAACAACAUAUAAAGACUCAUACCGGUGAGAAACCUUACAGAUGUGAGGAGUGCGGCAGACAGUUCAGUCAACUGGGUAACCUGAAGAGUCAUAUGUGGACUUAUGCCUGCGACAAAGCCAACCAGUAGA